CGGCACAGAUCACACCCCAACUGACUCUCCUCCGACCGCCCAGCCCAAGGACUGUCUGAUUUUCCACCCCCUCGACGACCAUGGGCAAAGUCCUCCUUCUGUGCCUGGCCGCACUGAGCUUUGUCGGGAUCGGCGCAGCCCUGAAGUGCUUGAAAUGCGACUUCACCGUAUUUGGCAUCCCCUGCCACACCACCACCGUCACCUGCCUGGACAACCAGCUCUGUGCCACCAUCCGGGGCCGCGCAGCCGGCCACAAGCUGAUCAUGAAGAAGAACUGUGUUGACAAGGGGAAAUGCCACAUCAACGACACCUCGUCCUUCGCCGGCAUCACCUACAGCACCUCCUACGAGUGCUGCGAGGGCGAAUUCUGCAACUCAGCCGCGGGCGCCGGGGCCCAGCUCUCCCUGGCCGCAGGGCUGGCCAUGCUGGGGGCCUGGCUCGCCCGGGGCCUCUAAUCUCUGCUCCACAAGCCGGGAGGGAAGAGGAAAUCAUUUCUGUUGGGGGGGGCAAAAAAAAUCCAGCCUGACUUUGCCUUUAAAUAGCCCCACCCCUUUUCUUCUUAAAGGGGCGCUUGUUAGCCAGAGGUGAGACCCGAUCUUUGGCCUUUUCUUGGUUGUCUUCAGUCAUUAUAACUUGGGGACGAGGGGGCAAGACCCUCAGGGUCUGUCCGGAGAAGGAAAAUGGAUCCCCCAUUCUUUCGUGGUGCCCCCCCCGAACUUCUUCACUCGUUGGUUCUGUUUCUUUUUGUCAAGUCUCACUCUCACUCUGAUAAGCUACCUGUCGCUGCAGUCUCCAGCCCCCAAACCGCCCUGCUGCCAUUUUUGUAUAACCUCACCCCCCAAAAAAAAGACAGGCGAGCAGCUGAUUUUCCCACCUGUCCCCACCGGCUCCCGAUGACACAGGACUGUCAAUGAGGGAGCUGUGGCCUGUGGAAAAAUGCACCUUUAAGAAUGGGGCACUGUGGCACCGUCCCCUGCCUUGAGCCCCCUCGCCGCAGCUGCCAAUGCCCCAUUGGUGGCAGCACUGGGAUCCGCGGGGGCUGCAGCUGGGGUCAGACGCUCUGGCUCCAGCUGUCCAGGCUUCUGCAUUUCUCCCUCUGCCUCCCUCCGCUUCCCAAACAUCUGGCCCCAAUUGUUGCCAUUGGCCACACCUCUCAUGCUCACUGGCACUACAGACAUCUGGCGCCAGAUGUUGACUGCCUUCUGUGCCAGCCUCGCCCACACCUGAGGGCAGCACUUCUGUUCCCCAGCCUUGCCCACACCUGGCCCCACGUCUUCGCCCCACUGCAGAGCUGGCAUUGGGGCAGUGAUCACCCAGAAGGCACUGGGGGGGGGCUCUGCUCUUCGUCCCAAUGCCCACAGAGGUUGGGAAGGCGCUGGGGGGCGGGAGUGUUGUAUUGACCCCACACACUGGCACAGUAGCUUGGUGCUGCCCCCUGCUGGCACAGGCAGGAUCAGCGCCUCGGCUUUCUCGGCUCAUGUCCUCCUGAAAUGCGUCCAGAAUAAAUCCUGUCUCGGCUC